AUGGACUACGGGCUUUACAGCAGCAGCAGCAACAGCAUCGGCAGCGGCAGCGGCGACGGCAGCAGCCUGUUUGAAUUUUCCGACGGCCCAGUCAACUAUCCCUUCUCCCCACAGCCUUUCCUUAACCCAAAGCAGCCGGAGGAAAACGGCUACUUAGGGUUUCAGGUGAAUGGUGACUGCAGCGCUGCAUGGACUUACCCUCCUCAAGAUAUCAUGCAACAGAACCCUUCUGUGAUCGACCAAUCUUCCGUCACAGAUCAAGAUUGGUACGUUGAGGAUUUGCAGCCAUUUGCAAACCCUAAUGGCGCCACCGAUAUCAUGGAUAUAACCAAUCAAUUUUCGACUGAAAAUCCAUCGUUGGAGGACUUCUUCAGCAGUGGGAACACGCUGGGAAGCGCCAUCGAAUAUCACAAUGAAUAUUUUGGAUUGGUUCCUCCUCCUAUUUCCAGUCUUCCGGUUGCAGACACCCAUAAAACGCCUGAUCUUCAGUCGCUGACUUUGUCCGGCCGUCCGGAAAAUCCUUCGGCAGUGGUGACGAAGGUCAAAGAUCCCACUCCAAUUACUUCGUCCGGUGAGGGGGCGGCAUCAGGGAAGACCAUCAACAUCUUCGGCCCGAGAACUUCCAUUUAUCGAGGAGUGACUAAGCAUAAAUGGACAGGGAGGUAUGAAGCACAUCUUUGGGACAACACUUGCAGGAGGGAGGGUCACACGAGGAAAGGGAAGCAAGUUUACUUAGGCGGUUAUGACAAGGAAGAAAAAGCAGCGAGGGCUUAUGAUUUGGCUGCUCUGAAGUACUGGGGGACAGAUACGGUUACAAACUUUCCUGCCGCAACCUACGUGAGUGAACUGAAGGAAAUGAGGAACAUGUCCAAGCAGGAGUACAUCGCCUCCCUGAGAAGAAAUAGCACUGGAUUUUCAAGGGGUGUAUCAAUAUAUCGUGGGGUGACAAGGCAUCAUCAAAACGGAAAAUGGCAGUCUAGAAUCGGAAGAAUAUCUGGCAACAAAGAUCUCUACUUAGGCAGUUUCUCUUCAGAAGAGGAAGCAGCAGAGGCCUACGACAUUGCUGCCAUAAGGUAUAAAGGACUAAAUGCUGUCACCAACUUUGACAUGAGUAAGUACGACGUGGAAGGCAUCCUCAGGAGCACCAAUUUGCCCUCUGGAUUUGAAUUAAGGCGCUACGUGAUGAAGAAAACCCAACGCCCACUUGGUGCAACAACAGUAAGAGAAGCACCAUCAGCACCAGCACCACCAACAGCAGCAGCACCGCCACUGCCGCCACCACCAACACAAGGCCUAGACUGUCUUAAGCCUACCUCUCAACAAAUGAACCCUAUUUUUCCUGCCAAUCUAUCACCAGACUAUGCUGGUCGCCUUGAUCAGAAGUACCAAGAGAGCUAUCCUGGACUCUGGCCCCUCAUGGAAACCAGCUACCAGCCUCAACCUCCACCUUAUGCUUUCUCGACUGCAACUCCCCAGCUCCAGUACAACGAGAUGGCCAUGCAGCCUUCGUCCCAGCCAAUUUUUCCAUCAUCUGCAAUGUAUUUUUCAGGAGUCAUGUCAAGCUAUAAUAUGAUGACCGGAUCGUCGAAUGCGUCAGUGAACAUGGCGGGACUCGGUGAUUAUUAUUAUCAGACAGCUGAUCUUUCAGGAAGCCAGAAUUACGCGCCGGUGCCUGAGCUUAAUUGGGACCUCGCCGGAGAGUAUGGCAGUUGGCCGGCAGGUGGGGAGCGCGGGUCUACUAGCAACCUUGGAGCAUUCUUCCUCAAUAACAUUUUACCUAACAGCGCAGCAGUGUAG